ACGAGCACAGCCAGCUGAUGGACCUUGAUCGAAUAUUGAAUACUCGUAUAGAUGGGCUUGAGAUAGCAUUUGAAAGGACGAAGGCUUGGAGCAAUUACUCCAAAGACCUGUUAUCGUACAUCCGCGCCCGCCUACAACUGGAACAGGAUCAUGCUCGAAAGGUGACAACACUGGUCGAACAGUGUAGACGAGACAUUUCGAAGCCGUUCAUGCCCCUUCGGGAUGUGUUCGAAAGCAGUUUCGAUAGCGAUAUCGACCUGGUAGGCCGGACGAAGGAAACUACUGAUCACUUGAAGGCGCGGGUCGUUGAGGCACUUGAUGCCCGACGUAAAGAGCAUGACAUUCAACGUGGUGCUUUGAAACUUGAAUGGACAAAACUUACUAAAUCUUUGCAUGACUGUGAAGAUAUGGUAGAAAAAUGUCGUGUGACGUUAAAACUUCGCGAGGAGGCGGUUCGUAAAGCCCGAGAAAAUUCGCUUCGCAGUGAAUCUAUUACAAUAUCGCCAUCAAUGAGUACGGAUCCAAUGAAACGACGACGUGAAAUGGAGAAAAAGAAGCGGAUCGAAGAGGAGGCGAUCAUCAAGAAGGCUGAAGCAGAGAAACAACUUGCUAUCAGCUCGGCUGAACUGCGACGGAAACGAAAGGAACUUGAAACUGCAAAGGAGCGCAUCGUGGAAAAACUACGCGAACUGGUGUUUCAGUGCGAUCAAACCACCAAGGCUUGUGCCUCACAUUAUUUCAAGGUACGCUGA